UGGAAGAGGAUUAAUAAAAUUGCAGUUUUAUUAUUUAUCGAGUUCUUGUCAAGAAAGGUUCAUUAGUUCGCUAGUUAAUAUCAAAAUUUCCUCAAAAAAUACAAAAUAAAAGAAAAAUGUCUAGUCCUGCAAGAACACCAAGUAGUGGAAUAAUGUCCAAGGGACAAAAGACUCCAACUCGAUCCAUUAAUGCUGCGGAUGCUGAGACGCCCAUGCGUAUGGGGCCUAAUCAUGCUCAAGCCUCAGACAAUAUUAGUUUGCCCCCAACAUCACCAGGCAACAUAAGUCUACCAGCGACUAGCCCAGCCCGUGGCUUGGGUGCCAAUAUGAGCGAAAUCGACUUAUCCUCUCCUUUGAACUAUGGAACGCCAAGUUCGAUGGGAUCAAUAAGAACACCACGUUCUGGAAUACGUGGCACACCGCUUCGAGCAAGACCCGAUAUUCGCACAGAUAAGAAAAUGAGACAAGUGGCCAUCGGAGGUACUGGGCUGGAACCUAUACCUGAACGCCAAUCAGAAACUACAGAUCCGGCUUCAGAAUCUUCUUCUGCACCUCAAAUGGUUGUUUGGGGAACAAAUGUUGUAGUGAAUCAUUGCAAAACUAAAUUUAAGCAAUUCUUAUUACGUUACAUCGAUCCGUUGGCAGAACAAGAUGAAAUUUCUGAAAAUACCGAUGUAAAUCAGCCAUUAUAUUUGCAAAAAAUGGAGGAAAUACAUACUCUGGAAGAACCAUACCUUAAUUUGAACUGCUCCCAUUUAAAAACAUUCGAUGAAGCUCUAUACCGUCAACUUAUUUGUUACCCACAAGAAGUUAUACCCAGUUUUGAUAUGGCAGUCAACGAAAUGUUUUUUGAACGUUUUCCUGCUGCUAUACUUGAACAUCAAAUACAAGUUCGGCCCUUCAAUGCUGACAAAACACGAAAUAUGCGUUCUCUUAAUCCUGAAGAUAUGGAUCAGCUCAUUAGUAUUAGUGGCAUGGUAAUCAGAACUUCCAAUGUAAUACCCGAAAUGAGAGAAGCGUUCUUUAAAUGCAUUAUAUGUGACUUCGUUACAACAGUAGAAGUUGAUCGGGGCCGCAUUGCUCAACCCACUCUAUGCACCAACUGCAACACAAACCACUGCUUCCGAUUAGUCCACAAUCGCUCCGAGUUUACAGAUAAACAGCUAAUAAAACUCCAAGAAUCUCCAGAUGAUAUGGCAGCUGGACAAACUCCUCACAACGUUUUACUCUAUGCCCAUAACGAUUUGGUCGAUAAAGUUCAACCAGGUGAUCGUAUCACGGUUACAGGCAUUUAUAGAGCUACCCCUAUGAAGACCAACAGAAUAAGUUCGGCGGUGAAAAGUGUUUAUAAGACUCACAUUGAUGUUGUUCAUUUUCGUAAAGUAGACAACAAAAGGCUAUAUGAAGAAGAGGAAGGAAAAGACCAUAUAUUCCCACCUGAACGCGUAGAGUUGCUACAUGCCUUAUCACAAAAGCCAGAUAUAUACGACAGAUUAUCACGAGCAAUUGCUCCCUCCAUUUACGAAAAUGAUGACAUCAAAAAGGGCAUACUUUUGCAAUUAUUUGGAGGAACCAAGAAAAAACAUUCCACAAUGGGAAGACAAAACUUUAGAUCCGAAAUUCAUUUGUUGCUUUGUGGUGACCCUGGAACAUCAAAGUCACAAUUGCUCCAAUAUGUCUUUAAUUUGGUUCCUCGUUCACAAUAUACAUCUGGAAGGGGUUCUUCAGCGGUGGGCUUAACAGCAUAUGUUACCAAAGAUCCAGAAACGCGACAAUUGGUUUUACAGACAGGUGCAUUAGUUCUGGCGGACAAUGGCGUUUGCUGUAUUGAUGAGUUCGACAAAAUGAAUGAUGCCACACGCAGCGUUCUGCAUGAAGUUAUGGAACAGCAAACUCUAAGUAUUGCCAAGGCUGGAAUUAUCUGUCAAUUAAACGCACGAACUUCUAUAUUGGCCGCUGCCAACCCAGCUGAGUCCCAAUGGAAUAAGAAAAAGAAUAUCAUAGACAACGUUCAUUUGCCGCACACAUUGCUUUCGCGAUUUGAUCUAAUCUUUUUAGUACUGGAUCCCCAAGAUGAAGUGUUUGACAGGCGUUUAGCUGGCCACUUAGUAUCGAUGUACUAUGUCACCCGCCACGAGGAGGAGGACACCAUGUUUGAUAUGAGCGUUUUAAGAGAUUAUAUAGCCUAUGCUAGAGAACAUAUAUCCCCCACAUUGUCGGAAGAGGCUCAGCAACGUCUCAUACAAGCAUAUGUUGAUAUGCGAAAAGUCGGCGCUGGGCGCGGUCAGAUAUCUGCCUAUCCUCGACAACUUGAAAGUUUAAUUCGCCUUUCUGAAGCCCAUGCUAAAGUUCGUCUGAGCCAACAAGUAACUGUGCAAGAUGUAGAGGAAGCAUGGCGACUACAUCGCGAGGCUUUGAAACAAUCAGCCACAGACCCAUUGUCUGGAAAAAUAGAUGUAGGCAUAUUAACCACAGGCCUUUCGACAGCAGCUCGCAAAAAACGCGCCGACCUGGUGGCAGCAAUUAAGGAAAACCUGCAAAAGAAGGGUAAAAUUCCUACAGUUCCAUAUCAGAAACUUUUUAAAGAGAUCAAGGAGUCUUCUCAAAUUCUUAUUACAAGAGAGCAAUUUGAAGAUGCCCUUAAAGAAAUUCAAGAUGAGGGAGUAAUUGUGGUUAUGGGUAAAAAUACUAUACGCAUAUGUUAGUUUUGUUUUGUAUGAUGUAUGGUUAUUUUCAUUUUCUUUUUUCAUACGUGUAUUUUGAUUUAAAUAAAACUGUUAUUUA